AUCGAGCGGCUGUGCGAGACUAUUGAACAGUAUGAAACUGUCCGCGCGGUGAGUUUCACGGUUUGUCUCUCUGUCAAUAAUUCUUGCGAUUCAAGAAACAUGUCCAAGUAUAAGAUCGUUAUGGUCCGCCACGGCGAGAGCGAGUGGAACAAGUUGAAUCUCUUCUGUGGAUGGUACGACGCUAAUUUGUCGGACAAGGGUAAAAACGAGGCUGUGUCGGCGGGGAAGGCCCUGAAGGAUGCCGGGUAUACCUUCGACGUGGCUCAUACUUCCGUGCUCACCAGAGCGCAGGAGACCCUCAAGUCGAUACUGAAGGAGAUCGGCCAGGACAGCCUACCCGUUCAGAAAACGUGGCGUCUAAACGAGCGACAUUACGGCGGUCUCACCGGUAUGAACAAAGCGGAAACGGCCGCUAAGUACGGUGAGGAGCAAGUGCAAAUUUGGAGGAGGUCGUUCGAUGUGCCGCCGCCGCCGAUGGAAGCGGACCAUAAGUAUUAUGAGACGAUAGUGAAAGAUUCGCGUUACGCUGACGGACCUAAGCCUGAGGAAUUCCCCAAGUUUGAGUCUCUCAAGUUAACUAUUGAGAGAACGUUACCUUACUGGAACGAGACCAUUAUCCCACAAUUAAAGGAAGGCAAGAAGAUCAUCAUAGCAGCCCAUGGGAACAGCUUGCGUGGCAUAGUAAAACACUUGGAUGAAAUGUCCAACGACCAGAUCAUGGGGUUGAACUUGCCAACUGGCAUCCCGUUCGUGUACGAGUUGGAUGAGAAUUUCAAGCCUGUUGUCUCCAUGAAGUUUUUGGGCGACGAAGAAACCGUGAAGGCGGCGAUGGCUGCGGUCGCCGCGCAAGGGAAAGCUAAAUAAAUGUUGUUAAUAUGGGAUGUGUAUGUAUCAAUUUGCAAAGGACAAACCUGUUAUAUAACGUAUCACUAUAAGUAUUUAUUUUAUGACAAGUUACGAACUGAAUCAUUACGAAUGUAAUCCAAGGAAGGACGAUAGACGUGUUCUUUUUUGAGGGAACAUCCUUACAAAAUUGAAAAAUAUAUAUGUAUAUAAAACUAUAAUAAAUUUCUUUUAAAUUAAA